GAGAUCCAGCAAAAGGGAUGUGACUGGUGCUGCUGCUAUACUGCUGCACCCACAUCAUGAUGGAUCGCUAUUACGUUAGGUUGUAAAUGCGAUACAUUCCCUAAGCUCCCGAUUUCUGGGUCCUUAGAAUUUCCUGCUCCCAUACAUCUGGCCUCAAAUAGAGCAGGAGGUUUGGAGAUAAUCCCAGGCAAAGCGCUCCCGGAACACAAGCACAAAGAACGUGUACUGCAAGCUUCCAUUGUUCUGAAUAAGGAAUUCAUCUGAAGAGAAAUGUCACAACCAGGACCUAAUCCAACUGGCCCUCCGGGACCGCCCCCGCGACAACCUUACACCGGCAACAAACGUUUGCAGCAGACGCAGGCACAGGUCGACGAGGUGGUGGAUAUCAUGCGGGUCAACGUGGACAAAGUCCUGGAACGUGAUCAGAAGCUAUCUGAGCUCGAUGAUCGAGCAGAUGCACUGCAACAGGGUGCUGCCCAAUUUGAAACAAGCGCUGGAAAAUUAAAGCGGAAGUACUGGUGGAAAAAUCUCAAGAUGAUGGCCAUUUUGAUCGGAAUUUUUGUCGUAAUCAUCGUGAUUAUUGUGGUGUGGGCUACGGGAUAAUCUGACUUCUCAAACAAGUGGACGUUUCACCAGGCCAAUGAAUUUCACUUAUGAAAGCCAACAAACAUCCCAUUUUUCCACAUUCAAAUGUGGCUUGUACGGUAGAAAUAGAAUUGCCGAUAUCUUAGCACAUGUACGGUAUUUAAAGGUGGUUGUUACACUCUCUUAAUAAUAGCACUGUUCGUCUGUUCGAGAAGCUACUGUUCCACUGAUUGGUUAAUACUGUCAAGUUCAUUUCUGAAACAUUCCUGUCAAGUGCGUAAAUUAUUAGAAAAGGUCAUGAGAAUAAACAAACGCCAAUGCAGCGUACGAAAUA